AGCACAUCUCCCGCCUCCUCUCCUCUAACGCUUUCACAAAACCGCCGCUGCUUGCCUUGUUCCUUUCCUCUGUGUGAGUUCACUUCUUCUUCUGCGAUUACUUCGUUGAGAGUUACUUUUGCUGACCCAAACAAAGAAUCAUGGUCCAAGCUAAGACUUGGAUCCUGAUCAAGCACUUUGACGGCUUCCCGAAGGACAGCGACUUUGAGCUCAAGGUGGAGGAGCUCCCUGCGCCAAAAGAUGGAGAGGUGCUUUUGGAAGCAGUGUUUCUCAGUGUGGACCCAUACAUGAGGCCGUUCAGUAGGGUUCGCAUGAAUGAAGGCGAUGUGAUGAUUGGAACUCAAGUGGCCAAAGUGGUUCAAAGUAAUAACUCAGCAUUUCCUGUGGGAAGCCAUGUUGUUGGUCGUUGUGGCUGGAGAAGCCACACAGUCUGUGACGGGACGAACCUCAUUCCCAUCAUGCCAGAGUGGCCGCAAGACGUCUCCUUGUCUCUGGCUCUGGGUGCCAUCGGCAUGCCAGGAUUGACGGCUCUGUACGGGAUAGAGGAAGUUCUGGGACUCCAGAAGGGCGAAACCCUGCUGGUGAAUGCUGCAGCGGGGGCCGUGGGCUCCGUGGUGGGCCAGAUUGCUAAAAUCAAGGGCUGUAAGGUGGUGGGUUCAGCAGGGUCUGAUGCCAAGGUGGCUUUCCUCAAAGAACUGGGCUUUGACGAGGCCUUCAACUACAAGACUGUUGGCUCCAUGGAGGAGGCACUGAAGAAAGCUUCACCAGACGGAUAUGACUGCUUCUUCGAAAACGUUGGAGGACCUUCCUCAAGUGUUGCCUUGCAGCAGAUGAAGAACUUUGGAAGAAUUGCUGUGUGUGGAGCUAUUUCCACGUACAAUGACUCCACCCCCCAAACAGGUCCAUUCCCCCACCUGACCAUGAUCGUUAAGCAGCUAAAGAUGGAGGGCUUCAUGCAGAACAGGUGGGAGCACAAGCAACCCGAGUCCCUCAAGAGGCUGAUCGGAUGGUUGAAAGAGGGCAAACUGCAGUCUCGGGAGCACAUCACAAAGGGCUUUGAAAAGAUGCCAGCUGCUUUCAUGGGCAUACUGCGGGGAGAAAACGUCGGCAAGGCUAUCGUCGCAGUCUGAUGUGGAGCAAAGAAGAAGAAUUAUUAUAUUUACUGAAACAUGACUAAAGGAUUCAUACAUGAAGGAUUUAUCGAGCCUACUAAAAAAUGUGAUAAAUAGCAUGUGAGUUAAGACUGAAAACAUACGUCCUUUAAAGUUCCAACACUAGGUAUUUUCAUUAAUAUUAAGAAACAUUAUGUUGGUUAUACAUGUUGUGCUGAUUCUGAUUUAAAGAAUAAAGACAAAAUAAAACAAAAGGAAAAGUUACUUUAAAGAUUCCGGAUACUGCCAUGGAACCUACAGAGUUCAUUAGAAUGUAACAGUGGAAACACAGACACACUAAAGAUAAAAGAUGACAUUGUUUUUCAACAGGAUAAGAGAUGUAGUACCUGCGCCAAGUCCACCAAGAGUAUUUCUUUGAACACUGAGAGACAAUCACAUAGGUUUUAGCCUAUGUGGCAGGAAACAAAGAGAUAGCAGAAAGACAGACAGAUAUGGGACAAAGGUUUUCCAUUAAAUAAAUAGCAGGGUUUAAAACAAUUGAUUAGUUCAUUUAUUUUAAGAUUCUACGACUGCAUUGAGCAUGUCUUUCUUAUAUGCCCCUACACAGUAACACACUAGCCGUGAUUAAUAAUAACACAUUUUCAAAGUUUUGACAAUUAGCUCUGUUUUUGAGUGUACUCGGACAAGACUUGUAGAUCUGCUGCUGCGUUAGUACGUUAUUGUAGUGCUUUUAUACCAAUCUAUGUUGUAUUUAGUGAGAGCUUGUGUAAAGGUAAUACAAAUUAGAUGAGGGUGUUUUGGGCUUUAUUUUGCAGACUAGUACCUAUCCAGUGUAAUUCUAGUCCAAAUGUAUGCAUGUCCUGCACUUGAAGACUGAGAAGAAUAGAAUAAAAGCAGUUGAAGACGUGAUCUCCUUUCAAUCCUAAAAUGAGUGCAUUGUACAUAAUAGAGCAGACUUUGUUAGCCCUCAGCUGCCAAGUGCAGCUUUUUAUUUGAUCAGGAAAUACGUCGUAUUUUUAGACCCUAAUUAGAAUUUCAUAAGCUUGUGAUGGUAAUGAGAGCCACAGCUCCAUGGUAACAUGCAUGGGCUGCUGUUGGUCCGGUAGAAAAGCACAACGUUUCCUCAACUCGGUGUAAUAUUUGGAGUUGUAUACCUACAGGAUUAUGGGUUUUUGCCUUAGAAUGCACCAGGACCCUAUGGGCCAAUUCCAAAAUUGCACUUAGCAAAAAUGUGCUUUAUGCCGAGUUGAAUUCUCCAGCUACUACACAUUCUAUUGUGAUGCUUAAAAAUGUAAUUUCCAACAAAAGUAAAAUAUUAACAAGGACUGACUUUUUCAACACCACUUCGAAAUUUGGAAAGUGAACCACUUGAUGUCUCUCAGACAAUCAUGUAUAACAGCACAUGAUUUGGAUUUAACAAAGUUACUGAUCUUUAUUGUUUAAGGAUUUUUUUUGUUUCGUGAACAUUCACCACAUUAAAAGCUUUGUAUGCCAUGUCUCUUUA